UGAUUGGCUGUGGCGGCUGCUAGUCAGAGGAGCAGAGAUUCAGGCGCUUGCUGGGAGAGCAGAUUAUGAAGCGGUGCUCAAACAGCAGCAGUCUCCUCUCAUUGUCUCAAUGGCUGCACACGCGCUCCUCAUCUGUUCCCUCGCCUUGCUGUCCACCCUCAGCCGGCCUGGGCUCACCUUCACUGAGGAAGAAUUCCAGCCGGGACUCAUCUAUGACGAAGUGCCUCUGAUCCUGGACAGAAGCAAAGAGAACCCCCAUCAAGCCAUAAAAGUCACAUCACGUAAAGAUGGAGAGUAUGGCUUGGAAAGUGAAGAGGUGAUUUUGACACCCGAAGAUGAAAAUCCACUACGGAGAAUACUGCAGCCUUUUAAAUGGCAUCAGCCUGGGAUGUCUCUCAGUAAAAGGAAGCUGCUGCAGUCUCUGAUGGGGCCUUAUGGUCCCCUCAGCGUGUCCUACAAUGGGAAGCCUUGCAUUCUAUUUAAGGCAAAACGCCUGGCGAUCCGCUACAGAAACCACACAUUCAUCGAUCUGACUGAGAAAGUCUUCAACCCCAGCUUACCUGUGGACACUAAGGGCUCAAUCUGCACAAAGGAUAAGGCUAUACUUUCCCUGAGAUUUGGUGAUGUUGAGGACUUACGAGGUCUAGUUAUCAGGCUCCAAAUGUCCAACACUUUCUAUGAGGCUGCUGGGCAAAAUUGGUUCACACUAGACAGCGUUCACAUCCAGUACAACUGGACCCAAGAGGCUACAUUCAACGCCAGUGAGGUCUACGCUCCUGCCACUUCAUCCUACCAUUGCCAGCACGUCAGCAGCCUGCACAAAUAUGACACCCUGCUUGUGCCCAGCUCCCACACUGACACAUCCGCUAACUGGCACAUAACUUUCACUGAUUUCCAGAUCCAGGCAUUCAAUGUACAGUCGGAGAAGUUUGCGUCAGCCAGUGACUGUGCCACAUUUUUGACACCAGCCAUUCUUAUGGGCCUAGUUACAUCAUUAAUCCUCCUCCUAGUGUUAGCCUAUGCCCUGCACAUGGUGGUACACCUCAAACACAUUGACCGCUAUGAGGAGCACAAAGCCACUGUCUACUUCCCCCGCAGUCCCGAGGCAGAAUUACCAGACAAAAACAGCCUGUGAAGGAGAACGAGGAGAAAGAGGAUGACAGAGUGGCAAGAUGAGGAAAGAGGAAGUUGAGAAUCAAGGCUGCAAAAGGGAAAAAGUAUCUUCAACUGAAUAUUUCAUCAACUAAAUGACAACUUUGCCUGUUCUUGUCAAAACAUAAGUCUUAACUCUUUUAAGUAAAAGCAAAGUGUGGCUGGAUACUUCCUCUUCUCUCCUCAUUGACAGGCAUCUUGUGGGGAACUCCAAGCCUCUCCUAGAGAUGGCUUAUUGGCUGUAAAUCCAAAGUCCAGCAUCUGUCCCAGUGUGCUGAAGAGUAAUGACUCGCACAGGUCUUUGUCCCAGCUGGCCCUUAAAACAAGCUCACACUCCCAGCCAAUACAGCUAACUCAGAUGCUCCAGCUUAAGUGUAUGUAUCACAUGGCUCCCAAGUGUCAUAUUGCAAGCAACCAUCGCCAACAUUGUCCUUUCAGCUUUCAUUGCUGUAUACUUUGUCUAACACUGCUGCAAAAAUGGUAAACUUAUAACAGCCAAUUUUAUAGCUGAGAUAGCCUUAUUAGCUGCAUGUCCAAAUAGGCUGGUGUUCACGGGCUAGCACAGUGUUUCCUGAUAACAAGAAAGCAGGUGGGCACCUACUUCAGUUCUGGGUUAAAAUAAUAAGAUAUGGCACAAUUGAAAAUGGUAAUGGAGAGACUUUUGGUGAAAUAAGAAUGAAAAUAUUAGGAACUACUGGCCUAACAUCUGGCUCGGGUGGAUGGACCAACCCUAGUGGCUCGUCAGAACCUCCGGCCCCUCACCCGACUGAACAAGACUGUUGCUUGGAACAUAAUGGUGAAAUGGCCUUCUACAGACCAGGCAGAACAAGGGGGAUUCAAUAAACUAGCACAACAUUUGUUAGUAGCGGAAGCACUAACAGCAGACUAUAAAAAGACUAUACAAAGAAAUAUGCUGCAAAAAAAAAAUGGUCCUUCUGAUGGCUUUGCAGUAAUGCAGGUUUUGGAAUGCAACAGCUCAUUCGAUGAAGUUGUUUCAACAAAGGAGGCUGUGGGACCUUAACUGAGACUGCUCAAACUGACUGCCAAAGUGAAGCCACACAUGAGUUGCCAUAACAUAUGGUCUGACACAGAGUGAGAUGAUGUGAAAAUGAAAGGGAACCAUUACAGCUAUGUAAAAAAAAAAAUGCAUCCAUGUACAGAUGUGUCACUCUGCGGAGAUCAUUUUUUUAUAUUUAUUGUAAUCACAACAACUAUUAGGUACAGGUUGACUAUGCUAAAACUCAUAACCAAAAUGAUAUCCGGAGCUGUAAAUAUAAGAUCUCUCUAAGGUCAUAGCUGUUUACUCUCUUCAACUACUGCACAACUACUAAAUAAUACAAUUGUACAAUUGUUUUACUGAGAUUGGUAAACAUAUCAAUGCAUAUGAUUUUUUUUCUACAAGGGUAAAAUGUUACAUUCAGUAUGUGUUUGUUUUAAGCUGGGCCACGAUGAGGUUCAGUUUUACCUAACUGUACAAUUUAAAAUAAGAUUCCUACCAUAGACAGACGUCACUAUUGAAUGCCAUUUAGUCACCGAAAUAUAGAUGCCAUUAUUACGCCAGAACCCUCACAAGCAGCAGUUACAGAUCAGUAGGUCAUUAUUACUGGAAAAAAAAACUCUCAGCAUGACAGUAAAUAGAUAUCUUAACAUUCGAUAUGGCAGUUCUGUCGACUGUAGCAGUGUGAAAUGUGUUCUUUGGUCAUAAAUGUAUCCUACAAUCUAUGGACUGAUCGGAGACAGUUUGUCCAAGGACUACUUGAUGUAAAAUGAACAAUAAACUGAUAUUCUGAGGGAC